AUGCCAGCACGAGAGGUAACUCCCGGGCCGCCUGAGACCCCUUGGGCAACAGUCGAUGAAUGCUAUUAUCAAUGGCUCAAGAACACCGACACCUGCAAAGGUACAUCGCUGUGCUGGGAGCUGGACAAGUUCUUCGCUGCCUCUCGCCGUUCCGAACUGUCCAUGUCAUUCCUCGAUGACCUCCGCGAGAUCGCAUUUUGCCCGUCACUCAUCACGUGCACCUGUUCUGGUGGAACACUGAUUCACCCAAACUGCCGACCUGCAAUUGGCCGACUGCAUGCGAGCCACGAAUGGUCGUUCGACUUGAGCCGACCUGGUGCUCUACAGGAUUGGACAUGGAGGCGUCUGCUGGAGUACUACUGGCACCACGCGUGGCCGAGUCCCGAGGCCAAUUUCCCACCACUCUCAACAUCCGCUACUACGUCCUUCAAGUCAAACGUACUAGGACCACUCCAUCAUCCAAGUCGGACCGCGGUGCAUCAAGGACUCACCCUGACUCUCCUGCGGCAUGCUCCGCCCAAGUCGAACCCGCGCUCGCAACUUCGGAACAAGUGGAUACGGUACUUGUGUCGCGGAGCAGAUUCCCUCCCAGCCGUGGACCAGUUUCCACCCUUCUCUCCUGCCGUCGGCACUAUGGUGCUCGACAACCAGUUUGACGAGGAAGCCGCCCUAGGUCUCUGGGGCAUCUUCGAGCGGUGUGACAUCGAUAUCUGUCCCUGCGCGGGCUGGGCGGCUUCCGGAUUCUCUGCACCAGGUACCAUCGCUGACGACGAGACAGUAUCCUUGCGCAGCAUCAACGGAGUGACGGUCGUGUUCCUGUCGCUCGUGUUCCUGUCGCUCGUAGCGUGGGAGCACCGCAAGGUCUUCUGCCAAUCCUGGAGACUGCAGGGCAUCAUCCUGUCCGAUCUCUUGCGGCAUGGUGUAGGCUGGCUGCUGUUCCAGCACCGAGACUCGUACAGCAUGUCUAUCAGCACACAGCUGUUCUUCCAGCCCCUCGAUCUCCGGGACACCAACGAGGGAGCUCUCAUGUGGAGUUCAGUCUUCGAGUGGCUGCCCCCUGAUCCCGGCGACGUCUUCCCGUCGACCUGGUCCGAAGGUCGAGCGCGAGCUCUCCUGCUCUUCCGAACCUGGGCCACGAGAUACGCCACCAAGGGGCCAAUCCAGGACAGCCUACCACGCUACCUCAACGUUCUCCGCGACAUGAGUCCGGCAUGGUACGAAGACUUUGACUGGCAAGUGCACGACGCCCACGUCCGCUUCACAUCGAGCUGCGGGUUGGCCCUCGGCACCGGUGUCGCUCUGGUUGUGGAGCGCUUCGAGCAGAUGCUCGGUUCAGACCUCCCCGACGGGGUACACACGCUGAGGGCGCAAGUCGCCGACUUCUUCCGCGAGUACUUUGACACAGCAGUACGGACGAGCGGCCGGCGCACGCGUCCCUUCAACGGUCUCGUUAGUCUGCGACACUGGUCUCUGCACCCCGAGCUGCGGCGGCUCGGCACCACCUUCGACUCGGAGUGGCACGACUUCCUCCACCGCAUGGACGCCAGCAAUCAGGUCAGAUGGGAGAACAGGUCCGCCCUGAUGAGGCACUUUUGCACAGCCUUCCUUGACGCCCUCCUCGCCCAAGUCGAUCUGGACGAGUACUGGCGCGACACGGCGCGGAUUGUCCGCUCCAAUCUCGCCUCGCCUGUCUCUAUCCAGCUCGUACCCGGGGCGGACAGGAAUCAGCUCCUCACUUUCCACAAUGCACAGGGCGCGGACCUUAGCGCAGACUUUGCCGCCAAGUUCAUGAUCGGGCUGAAUGAGAAAUGGGCGGAUCGGUGGGAUGGCGAGCCGUCCGAGAUGCGGGAGACAGUUCCGCAGGCGGACGCUGGUGACCCUCCCUCGGAAGCCAGCAUUACCGAGCUAAAGAACGAGGAUCCGGAUCCCGAUGGCCCCAACCCGCCGCCACCCUCCGACAAGCCCGGCCGCGCAGGUCCACAUCAGCUCUGGAUCAGUGUUGUUCUCGCCUUUCUAGCACUCGUGAUCGCCUUCUCACAAGGUCGGCUGGGCAACCUCUCCCCAGGUCACCUCCGGACCCUGACACCUGACCCUGCGCAGCUCAUCUCGACCGGCCACAUCGUUGCACGGUACGAAGCCGGCUCCUCACUCGUACUCAGCAUUGGAGACCGGGUGAACGUCCUCGAGCAGCCAGUUCCGGGAUGGGUGAAGGUGCGUACUGAUACUGGUAGCGUAGCAAGGCUCGUGGCCUUGGAGUGA